AUUUGUUUGCAUUUAUAGAUUGGGAAAGGGAUGCGAUUCAUCAUUCCAGCAGGACUAGUAAAAGAGAAAAGUGCAUAGAAGGCGUUGAUUUCGGAGCAUUCGGAGUUAUAUUAAAAUUUAAACUCUUUAAUUUGCUGAUACUUGUGCUUACUUUGAAAAGGAAAUCAUGGAGUUGGAUAAGUUUGACCCUGAAAUUGAUGACAUGGUUAUGGGGUACUUGUACAGUGGAAAGAUAAAGCUGACUAAGGAGACGGCAGUGAAUGUCUUCAAAAUGGCUAAUCUGUUAAAAAUCGAAAAGUUAAGGGCUAUCUGCAUUGCCUUCGUGCGGGAAAAGUUGAGUUUGCAAAACUGCCUUCAGUAUUGGGAGUUGGCUGAUGUGGACCCAGAGUGCGAAUUCCGAACUUACGUUCAAACAUAUAUCAUCAAAUCCUUGAAUGAUGUGAUGAACCGCACCGAUUUCCUGGAAUUGGAAAUGAAGCAGAUAUUACGUUUACUGGGAGGUAUCAAAGUGACACAGUCCGAACUCCCUAAUCGCGCUGAGCUAAUCCACUCAGCUUUAAUGAAGUGGAUAAGUCAUAAUGUACCCAAACGGCUUCCGCACAUAGGAUACCUCCUGAGGUUGGUAAAACCGCAGGAGAUGAGUGACGAGUAUUUCAACACGGUCCUUUUAGAAAACGAGUUCAUGAAGAAUAAUACUGAUGCUAGCAACUGGGUGUCAGGCGUGAUGUUAGGGAGACCCCCAACAAGGUGGUGGCACAGGCUAUAAGCCUGGCCUGUACUAUGCAGCUACUAUACUACAAUAUGUGUUAUUUCUUCUUGAUUAACUUCAUGUCAACGGAUUUGAUUUUUCCGUAAUCAUUAAAGACAAUAAAUAAAAUAAUUUUAGUCUA